AUGAUCCUUUGUGUGCUGAUUUUGUCAGGAUCAACCGUGGCAUUGGCAUCUCGUGGCAAGGCAGCAGAGAUGCUGACUGGACGCGGUGGUGGUGGCUUCGGCAGCAACGGUGGUGGUGGUGAGGAGGGGGUGGGGGGAGCGGCGGCGGCGUUGACUGGACGUGUUGGUGGGGAAGUGGGAGAGGCAGCGGAGAUUCUGACUGGACGCGGUGGUGGUGGCUUUGGAAGUAGCGGCUCUGGCCUCGAUGGCCGUCUCGGCAUCCCUCCUGUCUCCCCGUCGGCAUCCUCUCGUCGCUCCCCUCCUCGUUCCCCUCCGCUCUCCCCCCCGCACUCCCCUCCGCACUCCUCUCCCCGCUCCUCUCCGCGCUCCCCUCCUGGCGUCCCAGCGUCUCAGCAUCCUCCAUGGCUCUCCUCGGCGCCCAACCCAUCAUCUCUUCUGUUCUUCUCUCAACCAACGCCCUAA